AUGAGUGAAAGGAUACGAGAGGAAAUGGUUGCUGCAGGUGAAAAAUUGGAACGGUCCAGGAAACCCUCUGAUAUCGUACGCCAGGGAACGUGUAGCCCCGCGUCAGGAGCUACAUAUUCAGAGCGUACGACGACUUCUGGAGGCACUUCUCGAAUGGCAACAAGUGUUCAGCACGCUCCAGGUACAGCAACAUUAACAGGUGCACAUCGUUUACCAACAACGACAAACGGAGCACAGAUGCCAACGAGUAGUACAUCGCAUCAUGGAGCUCAUCCUUCAAGUUCCAGUUCCCACCAGGGACCUCCUGGUUCUGGUCACAGCAGUCAUAGAUCUGGCAUCUCAUCGUCGAGGGUGCAAGGUCGAUCAAGAGGUGCUGAUGACCCUCAUAUAGGAAAAUAUAAACUGAUCAAGACCAUAGGGAAAGGCAAUUUUGCCAAAGUUAAGUUAGCCAAGCAUGUCCCAACGGGUAUUGAAGUUGCCAUUAAGAUUAUCGAUAAAACAGCACUCAAUCCUACUAGUUUACAUAAGCUUUUUCGUGAGGUGAAAAUUAUGAAGCAGCUCGAUCAUCCUAACAUCGUAAAACUUUAUCAAGUGAUGGAGAAUGAUUCUACCUUGUACCUUGUGAUGGAAUAUGCUAGCGGUGGUGAAGUUUUUGAUUAUCUGGUUGCACAUGGUAGGAUGAAGGAAAAGGAAGCGCGAGCUAAAUUCAGGCAAAUUGUUUCUGCUGUGCAAUAUCUUCAUCAGAAAAGCAUUAUUCAUCGGGAUUUGAAGGCUGAGAAUUUGUUACUAGAUGCUGAUAUGAAUAUAAAAAUUGCUGAUUUUGGUUUCAGCAAUCAGUUCGUUGCGGGUAACAAACUGGAUACGUUUUGUGGUAGCCCUCCUUACGCAGCUCCUGAACUUUUUCAAGGGAAAAAGUAUGACGGUCCUGAAGUGGAUGUUUGGAGUUUGGGUGUUAUUUUGUAUACCUUAGUAUCCGGGAGUUUACCGUUUGAUGGCCAGAACCUGAAGGAAUUGCGGGAGCGUGUGCUUCGUGGAAAAUAUAGAAUCCCUUUUUAUAUGUCUACAGACUGUGAAAAUUUGUUAAAAAAAUUUUUGGUAUUGAACCCAGCUCGGAGAGGUACUCUCGAAAGUAUAAUGAAGGAUAGGUGGAUGAAUAUUGGUUACGAGGAGGAAGAGUUGAAACCUUUCGUGGAACCAAAACGUGAUUUAAAGGACGAAAACAGGCUUGAUAGGAUGCAGCAAAUGGGUUAUAAUAGAAACCAUGUUAUUGCAGCGGUAGAGAAGGGAUCUUUUGAUGAUCUACAUGCAAUGUACAUCUUGCUCGGUGAAAAGAAGCAAGAGGUGAGUAGCCAUGAAUUUUUUUUUGCAGGAGGAGGCGGUAUUCAGUGGACGGAACGUAGAGUUUGA